AAUAGAUGGAUGCGAUCAAUCCAAAGGUCGAUCCUAUCUUCUCUCACAGCUUUUUACGAUCUGCGAUCUGCGUAAUCUCUCUGAUCCAUCUCUCGGUCUCUCGUUUGUCACUACCACCUACACUCGUUAUCGCGAUUCACCCCACGAUCAUUUAAAGUACAAGCUACGUUUCACGGCAGGUCCAGAAACACGCUCGACCCCUAUCUCGCCCUCGAUUUACUUUACAACUACCUCUCGAUAACAUAAACAUCCCAACACCAGCGAUACCAGUAAUACUCUGCAAAACACACACAUCAUGGUCGCUCUCUCCGCCUUUCUCUCGACACUGCUCUUGCUGUCUUCGGCAGUCGCUCUGCCCGCGUCGACCACCAUCGAUCUGACAUCCCGGGACAACGCCCCUGUCCGUCGACAAGCCCCGGCCCCUUCGAUGGCUCGUCGAGGUCUUCACAAGAAGAAGCAUGUCGACGUGACCUACAUCCCGGGAAACAAGAAGGAUUAUUCUCCCUUCCUCUGUCCUUCCCCCGAAGCGCCCGUCGUUGCUGCCUCGACGUCCACCGCGCUCCCUCUAAACCCCAACAACGUCCCCGUUCUGACCAAGAUGAAGUCGUGCCCCGCUCCUGGAGCUGGACUCGUAGGAGAAGCCCUGGAAGGGCUAUCGCCCGAGGAGCUGGGUGCGCAGAUGGAGACGUUGGCGGAUUGGUUCAGGAUCGGAUUCGAAUGCGUCGAUUUCGAGAACGAUGCCGAAAACUGCGGAGGCUGUGCGAUCUUCAACCUUGGCCAAAACUGCACAGCCAUCCCUUCGGCCCGCCGUACCACCUGCGCACAAGCGACCUGCCACGUCCUGGCAUGUGAGCCCGGCUACGUGAUCUCGAAAGAGAAGAACGCUUGCGUCGAGCGUUCGCGCAAUAUCGCCCUCGAAACCACCGAUGAGGAUUGGGUGGAACAGGAACGUCUGCUAGAGGAGAGCGAUAAUCAAAAGGUCAUCGGAAGGAAGCGAUAGUAAAGUCGCCGCGAUCAACGGUCUGGAGGAAUUUUUAUGGACAUUUAGAGAAGCUCGCGUGCUGGUGGGCAUAUAGGCAAAGGAUAUAUAACUAGACGAAGGAUAUGUAACAAGGUUCACAUGCCUGCUAAAAGAGGAACUACUUUGUACGAGAUCAACGAGUCUCCACCCAUUAUUUUCGAUGCGAUGCUCCGUGCGAUUCGACAACCAGAUGAUAUAGAUGCGACUGACUCUUGCGAAAGCACUUUGCACCUGCGGCUCUGACAGGCUGUGAC